GCCCUUCCUCGGGAGGCUGAUUGGAGUGGGCGGCUUUGGCAGGGUGUACGAGGCCACGUUUCGAGGUCGCAAGGUGGCGGUUAAGACCGUUGUGAUUGAGGACGAGAAGCAACGGCAGGCGCUCGCCAAGGAGGCCCAACUGACUGCUCGGUUCAGGAACUGUGAGCGGGUGGUUCAGCUGCUGGCUGCUUCCCUGGGCCUGGGGCCGGCUGGCACUCAGACAUCGAGCAUCGGCGGGGCUGGCAGGACGUCGCAAUCAAGGCGCGACAGCAGAGGCGAAGCGGGUGUAGAUUCAACCGUCCCCGCUCCUGUCACCCCCGCACAACCCCCGGGCGCCGCGGCUUCCCUUUCACCCUCUCCCUCGCCUCCCACGCCGCUGGACCAACACGCCCCCGGCGUCGGCACGCUACCAGCCACCUUUGCCACCGCCGCCGGCCCCGAAACGUUAGCUUCAGGUGCUGACCUGGCGGGAGCGUUCAUGGGCGCCGGUGGCGGCCACCCCGCCAAC